AUGAAAACAGAAACCACCUAGGAUGACUUUGCCUAAGAUUCUAAUUAGCAAACAAAUUCCUCAAAUCAGUCAACUAAUGAAGGUUCUAGGUCUGUAUUAGAAGUUAUCAAGAAAGCGGGUGAAAUUCCAUAGAUCUUGAGCGAAACUCUGAAUCUUUUGCCAAGCAAAGAAGUACUAAAAGAGGAAGUAAAAUUGAGAUUUAAAGAGGAAAACAAAGAUAAAAAGCUAAGUGAAAAGGAUUUUUAAAGAGAUUUGAACGAGCGAGAGUAGAGGAGAACAACUAUCAUGAAUUUCCUUACUUCUUUCUCAGCAUUGAGCAAGAAUUUUUUAGAUUCAACAAAUGACUUAGUGACAAAAACGAAUCUCAUGAAGGAAAAGAUCAUCUAACUUAUCUAGUUUUGUGAUGCAAUUUCUUGGAAUAGAAAUACUUUACAACAUUUUCAGAAGGAAAUUAAGGCUCUAUCCGAAGAAUGCUAAUAAGCAAUUCGUGUACAGAGAGCGUUAUUAGACAAACAAAGAAAUGAAAAAGUUGUGGAGGAAAACAUUAAAAAUAGUGUCAAUCUAUUUUCUGGCUCUGAGUAUCUUAAUGAAAUAUUUGAGAAUAUAAAAAAUUUGGAAAAUCUCAUUCCUAUCUAGAAACAGAAGAUAGAAAGAGAGAAGGACAUGAUAAGGGAGUAAAGUAGAGAGAAUUACUAUGCCUACAACACACAGAAAAAUUAAAUCUCCAAACAAGAGUAAAAGAUUCAAAAAGAGAAAGAUGAACUAGCUAAAAUUGAAAAAGAGAUAGUAUAGUUGAAGUCUAAAAAAGGUGAAUACAUAAGUAAUGAUUUGAUUGACAUUGUUGAAGAAUAAAAGAGGUUGGUAGAGUAAAUUAAAGACAUAGAAGAAAAGAAAAUAGUAAGUGUUAGUAAGGAUAUUACAGGAUACUAUGAUGAAUAGAGAUAGUCUUACAGAAUAGAAAUAGGAAGAAUCCACAACCAGUUAAACUUUCUCAAAGAGGAAAAAAAGAUUAAAAAGUAAAAGAUUUUAGGCAUGUUUCCAGAUAAUUCUGAGUAUUCAAAACAAAAGAAAAUUCUACUCUUGUAAUAACUUGACUAUGAAAAGAAAAUUAAGGAUACCUUUUAGAAUGAAUUGCAAGAUAUUAAUAAGGAAAUUUCUGAUUUAGAGUCUCAGUUAAAGGACAUGAAAAAAAUGUUAAAGAUUAAAAAUAAUGAGUUUUUAAAGCAGUAAAACUGUUUACGAGUGGGCCCAAAAUAUUAAAAUCUCAAAGAUAAAAAAAUCAAAUUGAAAGCCUAACUAAAGGAUAUGAGAAAUUAAAUAAAAGAUAGUGAGGACAAGCUAUCUCUAAUGGAAAGUGAAUUGGAUAACAAAGCAUAUGAAGAUAAGAUCUAAAAUGAAGGCUAAAACAAAAAUAUAGAAUCAAUGGAGAAUACAUUAAGAAAUUUAGAGAAAAAUCUUGAAGACUGGUAUGUAAAGAAAAAAAAUCAAGAGUAGGAUCGUAUUUAGAUUGUUCAACUUAUUAGAUUAGUCAGAAACCUAAAUUAAGUAGCCCACUAUUUAACUCUACUUUAAUCUGCAAAUACCUUUAUCAUUGACAUUCUGGUUAGAUUGGCUAACUAGCUAUCUUUCAUGCUUGAAGCCAUUGAAUAGAUCAAUUCAUUCAAAUCCAUUCAAAAGGGCAAGAUCUAGAAGAAAUAGCUGGAGUUGAUGAUGGAAAGCUACUCCGGCAAAAAUGCCCUUAUUCAAGAGCUAGAGUUGAACAUUAAAUGCCUUUAGGAUCCAGACUCAGCCAAGCAUAAGUAAAAGUUUUAUGAAAGGUUGACUCAUGAAAGCUUAGACAUCUUAAAUCAAAAGCUCUGUUAGCCUCCAAAAGAGGUGUAGAAGAUGUUCCCAGAAGUGCCAGCAGAUUUAUUGAAUAUUCUUAAGAAUCAAGUUAACAUUUACUUCCUCAAGAAGUUAAAGCGAAAUAAUACUUCUGAAUUCUCUGUAGGAGGAAGCACAAAUACCAAUUAGCAAAACUCCUCUAAUGGAAGUAAUGAUGACAUAGAUUCUUUAGGCUCGUUUGCAAAUAAUAACAAGGUGGAUGAAACACAGUAAGAAAGUAAAAAUAAAGAAUUGAUUGAUAAGUAUGAGAUCAUUAAGAUUCAGAUUAGAUAGCUCAAAGAGCUAAUCAUCAUGAUCUUUGACAGUUAGAGUAGCAGAGUAGAAUUGAUGCGAUAAGACAUUCUUCAAAGAGAUAAAGCCAUACUCAAUGGAUAAUCAGGGGGAAAUCCUCAAAAUCCAGCUGGACCUAAUAUUAUUAUAAUGCAGCAGCAGAGGAUAUUUGAAAUUGAUGGAAAUUAAGAACUCCUAGAUUGA